AGAAGUAGUAGUUAAACGGCUACGGAAAAGAUGUGCACACUAGCGUUUUAAACCAGUUUGUAAUACAGUGUACAUAUUUGCCACUACUUUUAAAGUGUUAGUCUAAUAUCCGACAGCUAUUAUUCAGUAUCGUAAUAUCGUCUAUUUGCUAUUGGGAAACCCAGUGACAUUGGCUGGCGUGCAUCAGCUGAAAGUUUUUAGCAACAGAUCCUGCUUCCAGCAGUUGUUUGGAUACGGCACGGCAGAAUGGACUCUUGGGUUCGAUUCAGCUCGCAAAGCCAAGCCAAGGAGAGGAUUAUACGGGCCGCUCAGUAUGCCUGCACACUGCUGGGCUACACUCUUUACAAAGGCGGAGCAGGUGCAGAACUUCUCAAAACUGUCAGUCAGCUGGAAGCGCACAUGAGUCUGGCAAGAAAAUUGCUACGUCUGGGAAACUCGGUGGAGGCCUUGGAGGCGGCCAAGAGGGCUAUCCACCUCUCUGACGGCAUACUUCGGCUCUGCCUCACCGUCAGCCACCUCAACAGAGCCAUGUACUUCGCCUGCGACAACGUCCUCUGGGCGGGGAAAACGGGUCUCCUAUCAAAAUUGGACCAGCACAAAUGGAGCCAGAGAUCUUUUAAGUACUACCUAUUUGCUCUGAUCCUCAACCUGACUCGCGAUGUGUACGAGCUGCGCCUACUCAUGGAACGCGAGGAGCGCCACCGAGCGGCCAAAUCCCCGCCAUCUCCCGACCUCGCCCCGACGCCCCCCGCCGCCGCUUCGGCGGUCCUGCCCUACCUGUUGGCGCGGCUCCACGGGCGGCUCCGGCUGUUGUCGGCGGUACUGCGCGACAACCCGCCGCUGUUGCUGGAUCUGCUGAAGAACACCUGCGACAUCUUCAUCCCGCUGGACCGCCUGGCCAUUUACCCCACCGGGACGGGCUUCGUCGGCGCCUGCGGACUGGCUUCCUCUUUGCUCUCCAUCCUCACUAUAGUCCAUCCUUGGCUGAAGCUCAAGCCGUGAAUGGGAGGAUUUAAGACUUGUGUACGAGCUCAGGGGUCAGUAUAAUAAAAGUAUUUAUCAUAACGUGACUAUAACCUAUAAUAAAAAUGUGUGCAGUUUCCCUACAGAUUUUUUACUAGUUGAGGUUGGCCAAUGCAAGUUUGCUAUAGCUACUUUUUGAAAACCGGAGCAUAUUAGAUUGAUAUGGCAAAGGAAAUCUGAUUGGCAUGUUUUUUUUUUGUUUUGUCUAUUUACAUACAACCAAGUUGGUGUAGCCAGGAGAAUAAUUUCUAAGAACCCACGACUCAUUUCAGCUGUUGAGUAAUGUCAUAUGGCGGAAAACACUCCGGUGACUUGACGUUCUGCUGCGAUCCCCAAUUUGGCCAAUUUUCAAAAUUGUCCUAUAUGCACGUGUGAUACAUCAUUGGAAAGCUUCAAAUCGCAAUUUUCUGGGGGAAGAAAAAUUUAACAGGAGGGCAUUUAAAAAUAAAUACAGCGAAACCCUAUAGACCCUACCCACGUGACGUCACAACUCCGCUCUCCUGAAUGGUACCGCCCAAUUGUCCGUCAAAACAGUGUUAACCUGUUACGGCUACGUACAUUCCUCCUAUUUACGGCGUGUUUUUCUGCUCCUUAACAUUAAUAAUCAAAAUGGUGAAGGCGUGUGUGGCUGUUGGUUGCACUAACAGAGAAGAUGGAAGGAGAGACUUGAAGUUUUACCGUAUUCCGAGGGAUCCAAAGAGGAGAGCGAAAUGGACGGCUGCAAUUCGACGUGAAAACUGGGCACCAAAAAAAAUCACCACAGACUAUGUAGUAGUCAUUUUAUAUCCGGUAAGAUGCAUUUAAGAUAUACUUAGAGGGUUUUGGGCUGACAAAUAACCACAAUUAAGAUCAUUGCUAGGCUAAUCGCCGACAACAUACACGUAUGUAUGUAGUGAGAGUGCUAUCGCUAAACCAUAUAAACAUUAACUCCAUUGACAAACAUGAAAUACAUCAGACUUGACAGUGGAUGUUAGCAAUAACAAAAGAUUUUGAAUUGAAAAUUUCGUAACUCACCUUUCCAAGCACAAGAUAGAUUCCUGCCGAAUUUUCGUGGACGUUUCACCCAACCAGCAACCAAGUAUUUAUAAGCCUCCAAGUUCUUGAAGUUUUUCAAAUUUUCGUGAGAAUAGGCUGAUUUUGUGUGGACAAGAUAAUUGUAAAUAUCAGCGUAGCAGAUGUCAGGCAGACAGGGCGAAGACAGUGGGUCGAAAAACAUCGACUUGGGCAUCAAAUAUGGAUCUGGCGACUGUAUAGAACGAAGCUUUUCCACACAACGCCUUUUAUGCAACACAUCCAGUGAGUUUACGGCAUCAGAAAGCACCGGGUCUUCCAUGAAAUGCUUUUUAAAUUCCUCGAUCAAUUGAAACCAAUGCUAAUACAGAGACAAAAUGACGGACAAGUGGGCAGAACCAUACAGCGAGCACGUGGUUUUGUGACGUCGGUGGGUAGGGUCUAUAUCUGGAGGUGAGAGCAUGAACGAGCAGAAUUAAAAGACGCCACGACUUUAACGAGAUAUUAUUGCAUACUUACCUCUUUUCGAUACAAAAACUCCAUGUUUCGAGUGUCAAGACACAGCUGGAUUUUAUGGGGGAAACAUGGUCAUAUAACAAGGGUCGCGAUGCAGAAAUCGCAGACAUCAAGGAAGAUUUUCAUUUAUUUACCCUUUUAAACAUUUUUCAAUUUUUCUUCGGAUCUUAUUUACCAUCUGAAAUAUUGGGGAAAAUGCGACGGUAUCGAAAACAAUACAAUUAAGCGAUAGUUACAGAUGCUAAUUUUUUCAAUGUGAAGUAAUUUUUUAAAAAUAUGCGAGUGAAUAAUUUUUAAAUAGUUUUAGUUUUUUUUUUUUUUUAACUAUUAGACAUCAAUUAAUGAUUCUCAGCUAAAGACAUUUCAAAUAACCUUUAUAUGGCUAGGUUGAAACAAAAGCGGCUGUGCGACGUCUGUAAGCAGGUGUCCCCAGGGUAAAACGGACAAAUUAAAAAUAGUUCAUGUGCCAUGAAUCUGCUAUGACAGCAUAUAGACAUAUUGUAUCAAACAGUUCUUUUGGCUUAAAAUACAGCAGUUUAUUUUAAAGAGGGGUGCAAGAGCAGAAACUGCUUUUUCAGCCUUGUCUGUGUUUUCCGCCAUAUACCAGUUAAUGUUCUGUUGCUCCAAUUUUGCAGGUAAUAUUAAGCCUUACUAUUGCAAUCGUAAACCGGUUCUGAUACCGUCAGGUCACACUAGGCCAACUAAGAAUUUUUUUUUCCCUCAACCUGACACAAAGCUUUUGCGUUUUUGCACUCAAUUGACAAAACUCAAAAUGGUUGCUCUAUCAUUUUAGAUGUUUGUAUAACUUAAAUCAGUGAAUUAUUUCUCAUUUGAACAAGAUCAAAUGUCUUCAACAUUGCAAUUAUCAUACCGACUGGACUAUUUUUAUGGUUGGCUUAAUUAUGACAUCAAUCAAAGACAGUAAGAAAAGUGUUUAUUGCAGAAUAAACCGCUUCAAAUAAAAACAUUUAAAAAAAAAA